AUGGAUGUGAUGUUGGAGAAUUACAACAAUCUAUUGUUUGUUGAAAAUCAUCACAUAUGUGGAAUGUAUGAGAAGGUCUUGGAUCAAGACACAUUGUACGUUGUCCAUGAGCCUGUGAAUAUCCAAGAGAAGUCUUCUAACUGCAAUGAACUCAGCAAUAGGAUUCAUGAAUCUACCCAAAGUACACUUCAUAAAACUAACCACAGAGAUGCAUCUCUUCAAUUCUCAAACCUAAGAAUACCUAAAACUGGGAACACUGAAGAAGUUUGCAAGUAUAAAGAAUGUGCAAAUGGUUUAAAUGUGUGCUCAAUCAUUAGUCUCAAUCAAGGAAUCCACAUAAGAAAGAAAGAACACAAUAGAAAUACAGAAUUUGAUGAGGUUUUUCACUCUAAACGUAAACCAUUGCACAAGAAAAACAAUAGUGGAGUGAAUUCUUACAGAGGUAGUGAACCUGACCAGUGCUUUACCCAGAGACACUGUCUUCAAAGUCAGCAGCGCAUUUAUCCAGGAAAGCAACCUCACAAAUGUAGUGAAUGUGAAAAAUGUUUUAAACAAAAAUUCAAUCUUAGUAUUCAUCAGCGAAUUCAUAGUGAGAAACCUUACAAAUGUAGUGAAUGUGACAAAUGCUUUAUUGAAAAAGGCAAACUGAGAAUUCAUCAACGAAUUCAUACAGGAGAGAAACCUUACAGAUGUAGUGAAUGUGACAAAUGCUUUAUUGAAAAAGGCAGACUGAGAGUUCAUCAACGAAUUCAUACAGGAGAGAAACCUUACAGAUGUAGUGAAUGUGACAAAUGCUUUAUUGAAAAAGGCAGACUGAGAAUUCAUCAGAGAAUUCAUACAGGAGAGAAACCUUACAGAUGUAGUGAAUGUGACAAAUGCUUUGCCAGUCAAUCCUAUCUUAGAACUCAUCAGAGAAUGCAUACAGGAGAGAAACCUUACAAAUGUAGUGAAUGUGACAAAUGCUUUAUUGUAAAACGAAAGCUAAGAAUUCAUCAGAGAAUUCAUACAGGAGAGAAACCUUACAGAUGUAGUGAAUGUGACAAAUGCUUUACUCAAAAAGGCAAUCUGAGAAUUCAUCAGAUAAUUCAUACAGGAGAGAAACCUUACAAAUGCACUGAAUGUGACAAAUGCUUUACAGCGCAAUCAAAUCUUAGUGUUCAUCAGAGAAUCCAUACAGGAGAGAAACCUUACAGAUGUAGUGAAUGUGACAAAUGCUUUAUUGAAAAAGGCAGACUGAGAAAUCAUCAACGAAUUCAUACAGGAGAGAAACCUUACAAAUGUAGUGAAUGUGACAAAUUCUUUACUCAAAUAUCGCAUCUUAAUAUUCAUCAGAGAAUUCAUACAGGUGCAAAACCUUACAAAUGUAGUGAGUGUUCCAAAUGCUUUACUGAAAAAAGAAAGCUAAGAAUUCAUCAGAGAAUUCAUACAGGAGAGAAACCUUAA